GCAGACUCGCGCAGGCAGAGACAGCCACAGUGAGACAGUGAGAGUCCACUGUCCAGUCCACACUGCCACACUCCACAGUCCAGUCCUGUCCACACUCCCACAGUCAGUUAGUGUAUUGAAAAUAAAAUAUAGUUAUGUAUGUACCUAGCAUUGUUUUGAUAUAAAAGGUGAUAUAUCGACUGUUUUACCUUACUCCUAUCUACACUUCCACCGAUAACAUCAAUCAAGCUUCCAGGAUGUCAGCCGCUCUCAAGACUGCUGGGACUCUCGCUCCCACAACCUGCCGAAGGUUAACCAUGAUCGGCGCUGGUCGUAUGGCUGAGGCUCUGAUCAAUGGCAUCAUCAGCAAGGAAGCCUUGCCUGCAGACCAGGUGGUAGUAUACGAUAUCAACGCCAAAGUAUCUGCGAACAUUUCGAAGAAAUAUGGAUGUGUAGCAAGUAAUUCAAUGCUAGAUGCGAUCACAGAUUCCGACGUCGUGAUUCUCGCAGUCAAACCUAACAAUGUCACCGACGUCGGCAAGGUCAUCGCAUCAGCACUAUCUCCUAAAACCACAGUAGUUUCAGUAAUGGCUGGUGUGAAUAUGAAUACGCUUUCAACGACACUGAAUCAUCGGCGGAUUGUGCGUGCCAUGAGCAACACACCAGCGUUCAUCUCACAGGGCAUGACCGUUUGGACAGGCAGUCAGGAAUGCACACAGGAGAAUAAGGAUACAGUGCAACAAUUCUUUGCUGCGGUUGGCGAAGAGAUCUAUGUUAGCGAGGAGAAGUAUCUUGACAUGGCCACUGCCAUCUCUGGCAGUGGGCCUGCGUAUGUUAUGCUGAUGAUGGAAGCGCUGACCGACAGUGGUGUACAUUUGGGAUUCCCAAGGGAUGUUGCCAAAAAGCUCGCCCAACAAACAUUGCUCGGCACAACCAUGUACAGCAUUAAUAGUGAUGAGAUACACUUGGCUAAACUCAGAAAUGACGUCACCUCACCAGGUGGGACUACGGCAACAGCGCUUUACGAACUGGAAGCUGGGGGUUUCCGAACCGUAAUGAGUAAAGCUGUGUGGGCAGCGUAUCGCCGUGCACUCGAACUGGGUGGUAGUGACAGCAAUGUAGGACCUGGAAGAUCACAUGGCUAAGAAAAAUUUCGAUUCAGAUACACAAUCUCGAUUACAUAUAAUCCGUUACUAUGGUAGGCAUACUAACGGAUAUAAGUCUAUGAUUGCCAGGAAAUCACAAAUAUCACAACGAUAGCUAGCAUAUAAGUAGAUGUGAGGCGAAUCUGGAAGUGCUUAUACUUGUGCAGAUUCGACCAAGAACCUUAGAAGUUAUUGCUUCAAAUCCAAAGCACCUAAUGAACCAUAAUAUGCAUUAAUAAAGCAUAAAUCGUAUUAUUGACCACUGAUGGCCUUAUUAGUGCGAC